AUGCUUAGAACGUGCGCGUUUGCUAUGGCUGUAGGUCUAUGCAUUGACAUAGCCACAUUUUGCGCACUGAGUUUUGGCUCAUCUAUUUACAAAACUGGACCAAUAACUUUUGAUGCUUUCAGAAAUCUGGUGCGUCUAUGGGUUGUAGCGGGGUUUCGAUUAGUUCUACUCGGUUUAUCGCUACUCACACUAGGAUCGAUAAAACCCGUAUUCAAGCGCUGGUUAGCGGCGCACUGUUUCCUUGCCCCAGUCUACGAGACCGGGCGUCUGAUGGUGCAUGGGUGUUCCCAGGAGAGUGCGUAUGGACCGUUGGGGCUGGGGGGUCCAAGUUUGUGGCUAUUGUGUACCGCGGCAGCAGCUGCAGCAGCCUUAUUUUGGGAGACAACCUUCCCUGACAGCAAUGGAGAAAGUAACGGGAAACAGAAGAAGCAGAAGGCACGAGUGCUGUUCAUGAGAGUCCUCAUCUUCUACAGACCAGACACCCUUCUUUUGGUUGGGGCGUUUAUAUUCCUGUCACUGGCUGUCCUCUGUAAGUAUUUAAUUGUUGUUUUGACAAAAUUAGUAUUAUAUGAUGAUGAAGGGGAUGAUGAUUUUUGUGACGAUGAUGAUAAUGAUGGAGAAGAUGAUGAGGACGAUGGUGAUAUUGAUGAUGAAGAAGAAGAAGAUGAUGAUGAUGAUGAUGAUGAUGAUGGAGAUUAUGAAGAUUAUGAUGAUGGUGGUGGUGUGUGUUUUCAGGUGAGAUGUUCAUCCCAUUCUACACUGGAAAGGUGAUUGACAUCUUGGGUACCAGGUACAAGUGGAAUGACUUUCUCACAGCUAUCAUCCUCAUGGGACUUUACUCUUUGGGAAGGUAAGUAGAUACAACAGUACAGUGAGGGAAAAAAAGUAUUUGAUCCCCUGCUGAUUUUGUACGUUUGCCCACUGACAAAGAAAUGAUCAGUCUAUAAUUUUUAUGGUAGGUUUAUUUGAACAGUGAGAGACAGAAUAACAACAACAAAAUCCAGAAAAACGCAUGUCAAAAAAGUUAUAAAUUGAUUUGCAUUUUAAUGAGGGAAAUAAGUAUUUGACCCCCUCUCAAUCAGAAAGAUGUCUGGCUCCCAGGUGUCUUUUAUACAGGUAACGAGCUGAGAUUAGGAGCACACUCUUAAAGGGAGUGCUCCUAAUCUCAGCUUGUUACCUGUAUAAAAGACACCUGUCCACAGAAGCAAUCAAUCAAUUAAAUUCCAAACUCUCCACCAUGGCCAAGACCAAAGAGCUCUCCAAGGAUGUCAGGGACAAGAUUGUAGACCUACACAAGGCUGGAAUGGGCUACAAGACCAUCGCCAAGCAGCUUGGUGAGAAGGUGAAAACAGUUGUUGCGAUUAUUCGCAAAUGGAAGAAACACAAAAGAACUGUCAAUAUCCCUCGGCCUGUCGCUCCAUUCAAGAUCUCACCUCGUGGAGUUGCAAUGAUCAUGAGAACGGAGAGGAAUCAGCCCAGAACUACACGGGAGGAUCUUGUCAAUGAUCUCAAGGCAGCUGGGACCAUAGUCACCAAGAAAACAAUUGGUAACGCACUACGCCGUGAAGGACUGAAAUCCUGCAGCGCCCGCAAGGUCCCCCUGCUCAAGAAAACACAUAUACAGGGCUGUCUGAAGUUUGCCAAUGAACAUCUGAAUGAUUCAGAGGAGAACUGGGUGAAAGUGUUGUGGUCAGAUGAGACCAAAAUCGAGCUCUUUGGCAUCAACUCAACUCGCCGUGUUUGGAGGAGGAGGAAUGCUGCCUAUGACCCCAAGAACACCAUCCCCACCGUCAAACAUGGAGGUGGAAACAUUAUGCUUUGGGGGUGUUUUUCUGCUAAGGGGACAGGACAACUUCACCGCAUCAAAGGGACGAUGGACGGGCCAUGUACCAUCAAAUCUUGGGUGAGAACAUCCUUCCCUCAGCCAGGGCAUUGAAAAUGGGUCGUGGAUGGGUAUUCCAACAUGACAAUGACCCAAAACACACGGCCAAGGCAACAAAGGAGUGGCUCAAGAAGAAGCACAUUAAGGUCCUGGAGUGGCCUAGCCAGUCUCCAGACCUUAAUCCCAUAGAAAAUCUGUGGAGGGAGCUGAAGGUUCGAGUUGCCAAACGUCAGCCUCGAAACCAUAAUGACUUGGAGAAGAUCUGCAAAGAGGAGUGGGACAAAAUCCCUCCUGAGAUGUGUGCAAACCUGGUGGCCAACUACAAGAAACAUCUGACCUCUGUGAUUGCCAACAAGGGUUUUGCCACCAAGUACUAAGUCAUGUUUUGCAGAGGGGUCAAAUACUAAUUUCCCUCAUUAAAAUGCAAAUCAAUUAAUAACAUUUUUGACAUGCGUUUUUUCUGGAUUUUUUUGUUGUUAUUCUGUCUCUCACUGUUCAAAUAAACCUACCAUUAAAAUUAUAGACUGAUCAUGUCUUUGUCAGUGGGCAAAUGUACAAAAUCAGCAGGGGAUCAAAUACUUUUUUCCCUCACUGUAUAUACGGUCUCCAUCAAUAUCGCACAUUCCACAUUGUAGGUUGUAUCGUUUAACAAUGUUGGUGAUUGAAGACACUGACCUCUCUGCUGUGAUGUGAACAUCAGAUUGAUUAUUCCAACACAACUGUAGCUUAUGGUGUUUGUUUGUUGCAGCUCUUUCAGUGCAGGCUGUCGUGGAGGCCUCUUCAUGUGUGCUAUCAACAGCUUCACCUGCAGAAUGAAAGUGAAGCUGUUUGGGGCCCUGGUAAAGCAGGAGAUCGGCUUCUUUGAGACCAUCAAGACAGGUAGAGGCACAUUGAUGAUUCCAAACAUCUUAUGAUGGUGAUCCGAAAGUAUGAUCAGUGUGCAAUCUGUUGUCUUUCUGGAUCAAGUUGCAACCUUGUUUGUUUAUGACAUUACUACUGUAGCUGAAAUUGACUUUCUAUGGAACUUCCUUUGUCAUCCAAUGGACUGUCCUCUGAUGCGUGGCAGAAUAUCUCUUGAACACACCACCAGUUUGUUCUUCUAUGCUCCUUGGUUAUUCAACCUUUCACCUGUGAACUGUCGUAGGUGAUAUCACGUCCAGGCUGUCCACAGACACCACCCUGAUGGGCCGGGCGGUGGCCCUAAAUGUCAAUGUCCUCCUGAGGACCCUCAUUAAGACCGUGGGUAUGCUGUCGCUCAUGAUGAGCCUAUCCUGGAAGCUCACUCUGCUCAUGCUGAUGGAGACGCCCAUCACCGGCCUGCUGCAAAGCGUCCAUGACAACUAUUACCAGGUAUAGUACAGUCGUUUGUGUCCAGAACAGAAGGUCCAGAAAUUAUCUAUUGGUCCCUGCAAGCCCUGAAAUGAUUAGCUUAUUUUUGGUGUGAAUAUACAGUACAUAAGAUGGUGACUGCUAAAUGUACUGGGUAACCUUAUAAAGUCUAGUAAAUGUUAUUGUGGAUUGACUGUUCCUCAGAGGCUCUCUAAGGAGGUGCAGGACUCCAUGGCCAGGGCGAACGAGGCAGCGGGGGAAACAGUUGCGGGAAUCCGGACAGUACGAAGCUUCAAAACUGAGCAGCGUGAGACUGGUCGCUAUAACAACAGGUUGAUGGACACCCACAAUCUUAAGACCAGGCGGGACACCGUCAGGGCAGUCUACCUGCUCCUGAGAAGAGUGAGUAUGCAGGGAUCACUCCCUGUCCCCUUAUUCUCAAAAUACUUCAAUGCUUUUUACUUGAUUGAGAAUAAGGCAAACUGCCGGUCACCAGUUCUUGUGAUCGUCAGUGCAUGUACUCAUCACAUUCUGUGUGUUUGUAUGUUACAGCUAACAGCGCUGGUAAUGCAGGUGGUCAUGCUGUACUAUGGCAGACUGUUUAUCCAGCGAGGUCAGAUGAGCACCGGGAACCUGGUCUCUUUCAUUCUCUACCAGUCUGACAUGGCAGACAAUAUCAGGGUACGGUAAUGCUACUUUAUCAUUGUCUCAGCCCCAUCAUUCACAGCAAGGCAAAUGUCUUAUCAACAACCGUUAAUGUUCCAUUGACGAUUAAGAGGUGAAUAAAUAUUACAAGUUUAAUGGCAAUGCAUUUAUUACUAAGUACAUCAUGUAAAAGUUGCUAUAGAGACGAGAAAGAUCAAUGUUAGGGAAUACAAAAUACAUAUUUUUAAUAGUGUAGAAACUGUUAGUCCAAAGUCUAACAUGUAUUGAGUUACGAUGACACAAUUCUGUAUAAUAAAUCUGCCCUCUGCCCUCUCAGACUUUGAUUUACAUUUUUGGCGACAUGCUGAAUUCGGUGGGGGCAGCUGGUAAGGUGUUUGAGUACCUGGACAGAGAGCCCCAGGUCAGCACCAAGGGGACCCUCCAACCAGAGACCUUGACUGGACACGUCCACUUCAACAACCUAUCCUUCUCCUAUCCUACCCGCCAGGAACGUAAAGUACUGCAGGUAAAGCUCACCUGGGAGGAGGGUAAAACAUAAGGCAACCUUACCGGGCAGUUUCGUCAUCACCACAUUUUUGCCUUUCCUUGUGCCAUUGCUGAGGUAGUGUGUCAUUGGCUCUCUGCUUGUGUUAGGGCUUCUCUCUGGAGCUGAGGCCGGGUCAGCUGACUGCUCUGGUGGGGCCGUCAGGAGGGGGGAAGAGCACCUGUGUCAGUCUGCUGGAGAGGUUCUACCAGCCUCAGCAGGGAGAGAUCCUAUUGGACGGACUGCCACUGCAGAGCUACCAGCACCACUACCUACACAGGAAGGUAAUAUAGACAGUAACCAGCACCACUACCAACACACGUGCACCACAAAGUCAUAAGACUAUACCUACACAGAUAUUGCCACUUUUACAUCUCUAGAGAAAGCAUAGCAGUCAAGAUAACUUACUUUAUCGUGCCUUUAUGGCUACCAACAUUAUAAGAAUUUUCGCAGGAAAAAAAACAAUGCAUUGGUUUUGAUUGGCUGAUUGGUGAUUAGUUUUGCCCUAUGAUUGGUUUUGCCCUACCAGGUGGCCAUGGUGGGCCAGGAACCUGUUCUGUUCUCUGGGUCCAUAAAGGACAACAUUGCCUAUGGUCUGGCAGACUGCUCUCUGGAGAGGGUACAGGAAGCUGCUCGCAGAGCCAAUGCCCACAGCUUCAUCAGCCAACUGGAGAAAGGUUACGACACAGGUACAAUGAUCAAUGACAAAUAGGAAUAUUAUAUAUAUCACUGCUGGAUGACCACAGGGAGAGACUCGAUAAAUGUACUGUCUGUCUGUUCAUCUAUUAGAUGUAGGAGAGCGGGGUGGUCAGCUGUCCGGCGGUCAGAAGCAGCGUAUCGCCAUCGCCAGAGCUCUGAUCAGAGAGCCACAGGUCCUCAUCCUGGACGAGGUCACCAGCGCACUGGACACUGAGAGCGAACACAUGGUACGGCCUCCCUACUCACAUGAACCAUAUACCUUUAGCCUUUCAUCGUUCAUACUCUCAAUAUGGUUAGUGCUAGUGGUUUCACAUAUGUACUAAGUAGCUAUAGCUAGCAUUUACAUUCUCAAUAGGGUUAGAGCUAGCUAGCGGUUUCACUCAGAUGUUCCCUCUGUCUCAGGUCCAGGAGGCCCUGGCUAGCUGCCCCUCCCAGACCCUGCUGGUGAUUGCUCAUAGGCUGAAGACCAUUGAGAGGGCGGAUCAGAUCAUUCUGAUUGACCAGGGGACCGUCCUGGAGCAGGGCACUCACCAGGAGUUGAUGGACAGGAAGGGGAGCUACUACAAACUAAGAGAGAGACUGUUCACGGAAGACGACACACCACAUUGACCAAAGCAAUG